AUGAAUUCUGUCAAGGGAUUUGGUGCACAGCACUACUCCAUUAGAGAUGGCCAGGCAAAGGUAUUUGCAUUGCAGGAAGGUCUAGACUCGAUGCCAGAGGAUGCCGAGGUCUACGUUGUGCUGGAGGGAUCCACGCUGGUCCAUGUUAUCCGGGCUGUGAGGGACGUCAUGCUUUGUUUCAUUGUCCCAGGACAUAACCUGGCUGAGGUGGUCUCAGUUCAGGCUUACGUGUGCUCUGAAACCACACCCCUCACCUGGGUGGGCGGGGCUAGAUUGGAGUACAUCCAAGACGAUGCUCAGGACAUGGCAGAGCAUCUGGUAACUCAUGGUCAUUGUCUGAGCUCCACCGAUCACAAAGAGCUGAGCAGUCUCUUCUGUCUGGGCCAGGAGAGCUCCCGCUGGGCUAUGGACCAUCGAGUGGCAUUGGCCAUGGCCAACCUGGACAUACCACCCAACUGGAACGUUCUGGGUAGCCACAUGGAGGAGGUGACACGGGACACCCAAAAGUUCACUGACCCUGGGUCUAUGACUUCUCUAUGGUGCUGGCCGGCUAGUUUAUGGAUGGUUUCUACUACCUACUUUUAA